GUUUAGUUGUGGUAACAGUUUGUUUCCAAACUCAUGACCAUCGUGUCACUGUGUUGUCAUGCACAACACAUGUAUAACUGGAGUUACUGUCAGUCCCAGCUCACCAUGAAUACUUCAGCAACUGCCGUUUGCUGACCUCAUAUCUGUUUUCUUGAAACAUCCUGUAUGGUAUGUCCUGAGACACAAGAUAGAGAAGCCUUCCUGAGACAAUAAGACUCCAGUUUCAGCCUGCAGGCUCUUAAGGAGUCCAAGCCUUAGUCCCAGCCAUGUGAUAAGUUGCUAAGGACUCCCGGUGACAUAGCAACGACUGGUAGUACAAUACCGCUUCAAUAAUAGCUUCUCAUUGAGCUGUUCCCACAGACUCAGUCUGUCCUGGGGAGAUGGUGUCUGGAAAAACAGGAAUACAGCCCAGAUUUGGUCCAUCAAGCAGAAUCCUGGAACUUGCCCAGCACAAAGUGCCCAAAACGAUAUGGGUCACGACUCCGUGCAGCACGCUCACCUGGGGUAACCAGGACUCUAUGUGGCCUUUAUCCUUCUCGGCUCUGGGAGCCGUUCCAACGGACAGAAUCCAAUACCUGUCCAGGCACAAAAGAGUCUUCUCAGCAUGCGAUGACCACCUGAGGAAGCAGGAGGAAGAGAGCGUCUCCAGGAAGGCAUCACGUCCUUCCUCCAAGAAGCUCCAGGCCCAACACAUUGUGCGCUUGUCAACGCCAAAGUCCAGAACCCGCAGCUCCCAGGAAAUGAGGCCUCCCCAUACCUCCGAAUGUGAGUACAGCUGCCCUAUCUGGCACAUAAGCCCACAAGGAAGACUAGCUGAGACCCCGCCUCGCCUGCUGCAGCUGGCCAGUCCCAAACGGAACCACCCCAGCUUCACACCUGCCCGGGAGAAAGUGGAAACAUAUAUUUCCUAUGCUGCCAAAACAGCUCGUACGACUCCCAGACUGGACAUGCUCUCCCUGCCUAAGAUGAAACAGAAUCAGAUGUUUAUGGAGCGAGGACGCCCAGAAGAUCCUAUAUGGCUGGUUUCCAAGGCGGCGAAGAAGGCGACAGCAUCUCCUCGCCUGACAGAGCUGUCAGCAGCAAAGCAGCUCUCUAAAGACUACAUCCCACUGAGAGACCCAGUAUGGCCCCGCAGCACAAUCUAGCUCCUCCACCCACACCUACAGACUGAGCACCCGCACCAAGCUGGUGUCUGAGAGAGAGAGAGAGAGAGAGAGAGAGAGAGAGAGAGAGAGAGAGAGAGAGAGAGAGAGAGAGAGAGAGAGAGAGAGAGAGAGAAGACGCAAGUCAGCCAACAAUAAUAAUAAAAGAAACUGAACAAUGCAUUCAUGGGGUCUUUCAUAUUUAUCUGAUUUACUGAGAUUUUUUUGGCACCAGAACUCUUUAGUAAAAGUGAGGGCUUGUCUUUCUUUGUCCUUUGAUCUGGUUUUGUAAUCAUGUGCGGUGAGACAAAUGCUUGGAUUUCCUUUUAGACCGAAUUGUGAGUUUUAUAGCAGAGUCCAUUGACUUUAGCAAGACGCCAAACCAAAUUGGCUGUGUGAAUUGUUUGCUCGUCCUUAACUACCACCAAGAUCCAUUUGGGAUCUGCCCCUUCUGCAAAAUCUAUGUUCAUAUCUUGGAAAUAUGCAAAGGUAUGAUAAAAUGAUCCACAUUCACAAUUCAACUUUUCAAUCAUCUGGGUUUUCUGUGGAUAUCAGAUUUUAGAAACAUUUAGAAAUACCGCAAUCUUGAUGAUUGAUUCCAAAGCGAAAAAUGCACACAUAUCAUAUUCGUUGUACCUUCAAAUUCCUUUAUAAAUAUUUGAUGUGUGCAAAAAAAACAGCCAGUUUUUAAGAAACUGAUAAGCAUUGAGAGUCUUGCGAGCUUGUCUUAAAAUCCUCCAUUAUCCCACUUAGAUCACAGACACAUGUGAGCAUGAUGUAAAAAGGGGCUGGUGUGGAUUUGGAGGCCUGCAGGAGAAGAGAGCACCAGCCGGGUGUGAGACCCAGGAGAGAAGAGCCAGGAAAGACCUGGCUUCAAAGGAGAUCCAGACAGCCUCCCACUGGGACCCUAAUCUGGGAUUAGCCUGUGGUGAUGGUGACCUGAGACAGCAGGAACCAGGAGGAGGGGGGUGGAGUUAAGAGGGGGGGGGGACUGAUUCGUCUGUGUGUCACGGACGAAGGCGAAACAGGGCCCAUUUGAUCCUUCUUGUAGUGGAGGAACUGUGGGGUGAGUAGUGUAAUCCUACUGCAGGUCUGGAUAGAAGGACAGUUUAAAGAUCGAUUGUGUCUUGUGUUGGAGACUACUGUUUCCAUGAUGCAACAGAUCCUGGCUGACUACUCUGACCUACCCUGGCAGCAGGCAGUGACAAUGAUCUGUCUGGAUCCUGACAGGCGUACACUGAACACUGCUUUGGGCUUUGGAUGGUUUGUUGACAAGUCAACAAGACAGAGGUAACACUGUAGAUAACGAGGCUUGUAAUACGCAUUGCUUAAUAGAUUAGAAGUCCCAGAUGCAUAUUAACAUUAGACGAUAUACUGCAAGUGUUUAUAAAAUGAGUGAGUGUUUGUUAGUGUUAAGGCACUAUAAGAUGCUUUUACAUACACUAAUAUGUGUAUAAUUUUGAUUUCCCUUUGUUUUUCCGUCUCUUAUCAACCUUGUACUCUGUGUCACCUUCCAGCCAGUUUGGAGUCAACAAGCUUCUGUGGGAGCAUCUUUGACAAGGCCCCUGGUCAACAGCAGGAUGAGUCUGGCAGCUCCCUGUGUGUCUGGGAGGGCUGUUAGGACACUUCCAGCUGGACCAGUGAAUCUUCCUGGCCUCGCACUCUCAGAGCACAGCAGUGACAGAUUCCACAGGCUUCUGCUAAGUCCUCUUAGCAACAGACAAUGGCCGAGUCCAUUCAGAUUCCAUCCACUGAGCCAGGGUCGCUUACAGAACGGCGUAAACCCCUCCAGUCGCUCUUUCAGUCUGAUGAUUUGUAGUUUUUAAUGACAGAGCCAUGCUUGUGGCGUUGCCCGUAGUCAGUUAAUGAUGCAUACUAAUAUAAUGUUUAUUGGAAUGAUGUUUUCCAUCGUAAAAUGUACUUCAUUAGUUCUUUGGAACCAGCUAAGUUUAUAAAGUAACUUUAUAACUUUAGUUAUAAAGUUGCAGUCGGGAUUUUUUCCAACUGACAGCAUGAACCAGUUGAAGAAAGUGAUAAGAGACACUAUGAGCGACAGUCAGCACAUUAAACAGCGUCCUGUCUAAGGAAAAAUGACCGCGAAAGUUGGGAAAAGGGGGGGCGCUGUUGCAAUAUUGAACAAAAUCAGCAUUAAGGUUGUUUUGGUGACAUAUGUUAUUUUCAUGUUUAUAAAAUAAAUACGAUCUGUGUUUCUGUAGGGCGCUUGGUUAGGAAAAGGGAGACAUUUUCAGACCUGGCUUUUCCAGCUUGAGUCUGAGCUGCUGUGUGUUAACUAUGUGUGUCUAAAUAAACAUAUUUGUUUUUCUUCAGUGGGUGUGACUCAGCUUGGCUUCAGCAAAACACCACAGGCCCAGGAAACAUACACCACUGUAGCGAGUAGAAUCAUAAUCUGAAUCAUCUUUAUUCGCCAAGUUUGCACAAUCAAGGAAUUUACUAUGGCAGGAAGGUGUGCAUCAGAGGCUGAGGCUGCCAUCAGCAGCUCUUAUCCUACUGUGGGUCAGCCUGGACACAGCCCGGACACUGCCUGGACACAGCCCGGACACUGCCCGGACACUGCCUGGACACUGCCUGGACACUGCAUGGACACAGCCCGGACACUGCCCGGACACUGCCUGGACACUGCAUGGACACAGCCCGGACACUGCCUGGACACUGCCUGGACACUGCCCGGACACUGCCCGGACACUGCCCGGACACUGCCUGGACACUGCCUGGACACUGCCUGGACACUGCAUGGACACUGCCUGGACACUGCCUGGACACUGCCUGGACACAGCCUGGCGUCCUUUACAGUCCCAUGAAACCCUCCUGUCCUGCUCCCCGCUGAGGAGGACAACAGCAAGCCUCGCAACGA